UGACGCACCUCGUAUAAAGCAUGGUUCAAAUCAUCCAUUCAUAUCCUCCUGACGCACCGCGUAUAAAGCAUGGUUCAAAUCAUCCAUUCAUAUCCUUCUGACACAAUCCAUCGACAUAGUCAUACAUUCAUUUCUGAUCCACCCCAUAAACAGCAUGGUUGGCAUCCUCAUUCUUUCAUAUCCUUCCGAUCCAGAUGAUGAACUGCAUGGUUAUGUACGUGGGCAUUGUGCUCUGUGUUGCCAUGCAGGAAGAGUGUGUUUGGUGAUGGCUUGCUCACCUGUUGCACAUUGAUUGCUCAAUGUGCAACAGGUGUGCAACCUCACCCAACCCCAGAGUCCAGUCGGAGUGACUCUGGCCAGGUGAGGCCGCUCCAACCAGCCGACGUGCACACAUACGCCACAGCUAUUGAUCAACAUCCUCAUCCAUUGAUUACCUUUUAAAAGCACAGAUCAGAUAAUGUGAUCAGGUGAUUUAUCAUAUGUGUAAUGUUACACGGAUUAUCAAACAUUUAAUCAUGUCUAUCAUAAUGGAUGUGGUCAUACCUUAACCCAGAUGAUCAGAUUAGUUAGCUGUUUACCGUGAUUGCCAUGGUCCUUAACUCCUAUAUCAUAUUGUUCAGCUUGUUCAUCAUGAUAACUAUUCUUGCCAACUGUGUCUUCAUGACGAUGAGCAACCCUCCUCCCUGGAGCAAGACCGUAGAGUAUGUUUUUACUGGAAUUUACACGUUUGAGGCGACGACAAAGGUGUUGGCACGAGGCUUCGUUAUUGGACCAUUCACAUUCCUAAGAGACCCGUGGAACUGGCUGGACUUCAUGGUCAUCAGCAUGGCGUACCUCACUGAGUUUGUGGACAUGGGCAACGUCUCAGCACUGAGAACCUUCAGGGUCCUGCGAGCCCUCAAAACCAUCACUGUGAUUCCUGGUCUGAAGACCAUCGUGGGCGCUCUGAUCCAGUCGGUGAAGAAGAUGGUGGACGUCAUGAUCCUGACGGUGUUCGCGCUGGCCGUCUUCGCCCUGGUCGGCCUCCAGCUCUUCAUGGGGAACCUCCGGCAGAAGUGCAUCCGCUGGCCUCCCCCCAACAACGACACGCUGCUGGGGGACUUCAGCAACGCCACGGCCCUCAACGGCUCGCUCGCCUCCAACCACACCUUCAACUUUGUGGAAUAUAUCGAAAAUACCGAUAACCAAUACUAUCUGGAGGGCAGUUUAGACGCUCUGCUCUGCGGUAACAGCUCGGACGCUGGGAAGUGUCCUGAGGGCUACCAGUGUAUAAAGGCGGGGAGGAACCCCAACUACGGCUACACCAGCUUUGACUCCUUCGGCUGGGCCUUCCUCGCUCUCUUCAGGCUCAUGACCCAGGACUACUGGGAGAACCUCUUUCAGCUGCUCCUGCGCGCGGCGGGGAAGACCUACAUGCUGUUCUUCGUGGUGAUCAUCUUCCUGGGCUCCUUCUACCUCAUCAACCUCAUCCUGGCCGUGGUGGCCAUGGCGUACGAGGAGCAGAACGAGGCCACACUGCGGGAGGCUCGGGAGAAGGAGGAGGAGUUCCAGCGGAUGCUAGAGCAGCUGAGGAACCAAGACCAGGAAGCUUUCGUAGGCAGCCAAGCGUCUCUGACCAGUAAGAAGUCCCUGAGUCACCACACAGAGUUUGAGUUUGACGAGGAAGGUGACGGCAGCGAAGACGUACUGAAGGACUGUAACGGUCGAAUCAUCCCGCGACUUCUCAUCAGGGUGCCCACAAUGACCCAGCCGUAUUGUGAAGAGGAGGUGAAGCAGGACGAAGAGGGGGGGUCUCGGGGCUCCGCCCUCAGUGUGGUGCACCUGGAGGCGCCGGGCCUCAAACACCGAACUGCCAGCGUUCUCACCGUCGCCACGGUCGCCGCCAUGGAAGAGCUGGAGGAGGCCCAGAGACCCUGCCCUCCCAGCUGGUACCGAUUCGCCGACUUCUUCCUGAAGUGGGACUGCUGCGACGUCUGGGUGACGUCCAAGAACUGGGUCAACUUCGUGGUGAUGGACCCCUUUGUGGACCUGGCCAUCACCAUCUGCAUCGUCCUCAACACCCUGUUCAUGGCCAUGGAGCACUACCCUAUGACGCCCCAGUUCGACCACAUGCUGUCCGUGGGGAACCUGGUGUUCACUGGGAUCUUCACGGCCGAGAUGUUCUUCAAGCUGAUCGCCAUGGACCCCUACUACUACUUCCAGGUGGGCUGGAACAUCUUCGACAGCAUCAUCGUGACCAUGAGCCUGGUGGAGCUGGGCCUGGCCAACGUCCAGGGUCUGUCCGUCCUCCGCUCCUUCCGUCUGCUGCGUGUCUUCAAGCUGGCCAAGUCGUGGCCCACCCUCAACAUGCUGAUCAAGAUCAUCGGUAACUCCGUGGGCGCCCUGGGCAACCUGACCCUGGUGCUGGCCAUCAUCGUCUUCAUCUUCGCGGUGGUGGGCAUGCAGCUCUUCGGGAAGAGCUACAAGGAGUGCGUGUGCAAGAUCGCCGUGGACUGCGUGCUGCCGCGCUGGCACAUGCACGACUUCUUCCACUCCUUCCUCAUCGUGUUCCGCAUCCUGUGCGGCGAGUGGAUCGAGACCAUGUGGGACUGCAUGGAGGUGGCGGGCACCGGCAUGUGCCUCAUCGUCUUCAUGAUGGUCAUGGUGAUCGGAAACCUGGUGGUGCUGAACCUGUUCCUGGCGCUGCUGCUCAGCUCGUUCAGCGGGGACAACCUGUCGACCGCGGACGAGGACGGCGAGCUCAACAACCUGCAGAUCGCCAUCAACCGGAUCUCCGGGGGCGUGGCCUGGGUGAAGACCCGCCUCCGGCGCCUGCUCGCUCCGCUGUUCCUGCGCGUCACCAGCCGCCUGGAGGGACCCAAGGGGGGCGGGGCGGUGGAGAUGAACCACCUGGACGCCGGCGAGGGUCCGGCAGCCAGCGAGGAUGAUGGGACAUCUCACUGUCUGGUGGAGGGCCGGCGGGGGCGACCGCUGGACUACGAUGUGGUCCUCACCGUCCCCAUGGCCCAGGGGGAGUCAGACCUCGAGAACAUGGAUGAGGACGAUGAGGACGAUGAGGACGAUGAGGACGAUGAAGAGGAUGAUGAGGAUGAUGAGGAUGAUCGAGGGCAGAAUGUGCGUUCCAAUGGAAAACUACAUUCUCAUGUACAUGAUCCUUUCAAACUUCCAUCUCCCUGGCAGCUGAUUCGCGUAACCAAGGACGACGGAGACUCUUCGGAGUGCAGUACCGUCGACUACCAGCCCCCCGAACACGAACCCGAGCUGGAGGAAGAGGAGGAGCCAGAACCGGUUGAUCCGGAGUCCUGCUUCACUGACGACUGCGUGCGGCGGUGGCCCUGUCUGAGCGUGGACAUCAACCAGGGCCGGGGCAAAACCUGGUGGAACAUCCGGAGAACCUGCUUCACCAUCGUGGAACACGACUAUUUCGAGACCUUCAUCAUCUUCAUGAUCCUGCUCAGUAGCGGAGCGCUGGCGUUUGAGGACAUCUACAUAGAGCGCCGUCGGACCAUCAAGAUAAUCCUGGAGUACGCCGACAAGAUCUUUACCUACGUCUUCAUCAUAGAGAUGGUCCUCAAGUGGGUGGCGUACGGCUUCAAGACCUACUUCACCAACGCGUGGUGCUGGCUGGACUUCUUCAUCGUGGAUGUGUCUCUGAUUAGCAUGGGUGCUAAUUUGAUGGGCUUCUCAGACCUGGGACCAAUCAAGUCCCUAAGGACCUUGAGGGCGCUCAGGCCGCUCCGUGCCCUCUCCAGAUUCGAGGGGAUGAGGGUGGUGGUGAACGCCCUGGUGGGGGCCAUCCCGUCCAUCUUCAACGUGCUGCUGGUUUGUCUGAUCUUCUGGCUGAUCUUCAGCAUCAUGGGCGUCAACUUGUUUGCCGGCAAGUUCUACCGCUGCAUCAACACCACGUCGGACGAGCUGUUCCUCCUCGAGCAGGUCAACAACCACAGCGACUGCCUGGCCCUGCAGCAGGCCACCGGAGAGGCCCGCUGGGUCAACGUCAAGGUCAACUACGACAACGUCGCCACGGGUUACCUGUCCCUGCUGCAAGUGGCCACAUUCAAAGGUUGGAUGGACAUAAUGUAUGCUGCUGUGGACUCGCGAGAGGUGGAUGAACAGCCUUCCUAUGAAAUCAACCUCUACAUGUACAUAUAUUUUGUCAUAUUCAUCAUCUUCGGAUCCUUUUUCACUCUCAACCUUUUCAUCGGUGUGAUUAUUGACAACUUCAACCAGCAGAAGAAGAAGUUUGGAGACAAGGACAUCUUCAUGACUGAGGAACAGAAGAAAUACUAUGAAGCCAUGAAGAAACUAGGGUCCAAGAAACCUCAGAAACCGACCCCCCGACCCACGAACCUGAUCCAAGGUUUGGUGUUCGACUUCAUUAGCCAGCAAGUCUUUGACAUCUUUAUCAUGGUGCUGAUCUGCCUCAAUAUGGUAACCAUGAUGGUGGAGACAGACGACCAGAGUCCUGAAAAGAGUGACUUCCUCUUCAAGCUCAACGUGGCCUUCAUCGUUGUCUUCACCGGGGAGUGUACCCUGAAGCUGUUUGCUUUGCGGCAGUACUUCUUCAAGAAUGGGUGGAACGUUUUUGACUUUGUCGUCGUCAUCUUGUCCAUAGCCGGCACGAUGCUUUCUGACAUCAUAGAGAAGUACUUUGUGUCACCCACUCUGUUCCGAGUCAUCCGAUUGGCCAGAAUCGGCAGGAUCCUGCGCCUUAUCAAAGGAGCCAAGGGCAUCCGCACCCUGCUGUUUGCCCUCAUGAUGUCACUUCCUGCCCUCUUCAACAUUGGCCUGCUGCUGUUUCUCAUCAUGUUCAUCUUUUCUAUAUUUGGCAUGUCCAACUUCGCCUAUGUCAAAAAGCAGGCCGGUAUCGACGACAUGUUCAACUUUGAGACGUUCGGGGGCAGCAUCGUGUGUCUGUUCGAGAUCACCACCUCUGCGGGUUGGGACAGCCUGCUGCUUCCCAUCCUGAACCGGGAGGCGCCCGACUGCGACCCCGACUUCGAGAACCCAGGCACGGAUGUGCGGGGGAACUGCGGGAACCCCGGCAUGGCCAUCAUGUUCUUCUGCAGCUACAUCAUCGUCUCCUUCCUGGUGGUGGUCAACAUGUACAUCGCCAUCAUCCUGGAGAACUUCAACGUGGCGCAGGAGGAGAGCGGGGACGCACUGUGCGAGGAAGACUUCGAGAUGUUCAACGAGACCUGGGAGAAGUUUGACCUGGAAGGGACCCAGUUCCUAGAGUACGCCCGCCUGUCGGACUUCUGUGACGCGCUGCAGAUGCCGCUGCGGGUGGUAAAGCCGAACCGCCUGCAGCUGAUCGAGAUGGAUCUUCCGCUGGUGAUCGGAGACCGCAUCCACUGCCUGGACGUCCUGCUGGCGGUCACGCAGAUGGUGCUGGGAGAGACGGUGGAGAUGGCCGCCAUGCGCGAGAGCAUCAAGGCGAAGUUCGUCAUGAGCAACCCCACCUCUGACUCAUUCGCCCCCAUCACCAGUACCUUCCGCCACAAGGAGGAGGAGCUGGCUGCCGCGGUCGUUCAGCGUGCGUACCGCAGGCACCUCCUCAGGCGCGCCAUCCGCCACGCCUCCUCCAUGUGGCGCCACAAGAGGAUGAAGGUCAAGGAGGAGGACCUCGCUGAGAAGGAGGGGUUGCUGGCCAGGCGGAUGGCUGUGUUCUAUGGUAGCGAGGUGGACCUGGCCGAUCAGGAGGUGGAGCAGGUGGAUCUAGAGGCUCCUCCGAGCCAAGAACCCGUUCAUGUUGGGCCCCCAAACGGGCCCAACCUCCUGGUGGUCCCCGUGGAGGUGACCAGCGAGGUGGUGUUGCACUCGGCCCCCCACCGCAAGGCCUUGGACUUCUAUGAGGUCCUUCAUGAAUCUGUGGUAUAACAAACAGUGCUUCACCUCCGUCCAUCUUAGUUCCCAUGAGUCAUGGUCAGCGGCGUUGGCGGCGUUGGCGGCGUUAGCAGUGUUCGCAGCGCUGGUGGUUUUAGCAUAAGUUGUAAGUUGUUGACAUCACUGAGAGAUUGUUCCAAAGUCAUGAAGAUUGAAUCACUUGCCCAUGUAAAACAUAUUUUAUGUUUUGUUAUGCUAUAUUGUCACGCAAAAAUAACGAAUGAGAAGCGUCUUAAGGCUUUGGCUUUUGGGGGCUACACACUCACAUUUUAAUUAAGUCAAGGCUAUGACGUCUGCUUAUGUUGGGUAAGAAAAUAUAUUGUGGUGUUAAUUAAGAUGCUAAUACCCAGAUCCAAAUCACUCACAGCAGUAGGUUCAAUCGGUAUUUAAACCUGAGACUUGUACAUGAGAUAUGCAGCCCAGUUUUCAAACCACAAUAAAAAAAAAGCUAAAAUAUUGCAUUGCCAAAGUACUUAACCUCGAGGAAUUUAUGUAUUUCAGGAGUCACGGUAUCUGGGCUAGAAUAUUUUUGCUGAACUCUGUUCUCUGUCUUACAAAGUUAAACCUGUCUCAGAAAGAGACGUUACUUCAUUUAAUAUUUUAGAAAAUUUGCCAAAACUGGGCAAAUUCCUUUUCCUGCUUAGUUUGGGUCACUUUUCUGAAUACAAAUUGUCUGAAUACAUAAGGUCCUUUAUAUUGCAAAAAAUAAAUAGACUAAGGUUCUAUCCUCCAAAUUGAUUAUAUAUACGUCAACUAAAUUGCAGUGAUUAUUAGGCCUACGGAUUAUUAUUAUUACUGAUACAUUUGUCUGAAUGUGAACUCUAUAUUUAAUGUUUACAUUGCUUAAUGAGGCAACAGAAACAGACAUUUUAUUUGGUUGCCCAAUUCAUCUGCUGCUGUUUUUAUUGGAUGGGAAAGUGUUAAAGAUACACCUUUUUAUUUUUGGACACUCACUGGACCUUUCUGGAUCUAAGAAACUCAUCUCGACAGUUGAUCCACACUCUUCUUAAGUCUUAAACUCUACUCAAAUGUGUAAGCUAAUGAUGAGCGUUUAGUCUUCUUUGUACAAUAGAGUUAGCAUACACCUGUUUACAUUUUUGAUAGAGAUUGAAUGAAAAAAGAGUACACCGUCACUAUGCCUUGUAUAUAACGAUACGCAGAGUUGGUAAAUGUAUUUUUUUGAGUUUUUUCGGUAUUGUAUAUUUAUACACUUAUUAUUGUUUACAAAAUGAAGUUGUUAGAAUAAAACAGUAUGAACGGUA